UCACGUCUAAUAACAGGUAUUGCGCAAAAAAAAAUCAUUCCAAUUGCACGAUAUUAAUUUAAUAUUCAAAACUAUAAUAAUUAGCAACCCCGCUGCUAUGAAACUAGUUGAUUCAUACUGUAAUGACUCAUGAGUGUGACGAAACGUUUUCAGAUGCUCCGAGAAAUGUAGAACGCGAUGCAUAUUACUUCAGGGUUGUCUCCGGUAUCCGGCGAAAUGCUGGACACGGCUACCAUACAUUUUUAUGGAGAUUCAAGUGAACAAUAUGGGGAGGCUUACUUCGCCGUGGACCAUACAGUGCCUGAAUCAUCGCACACGGUUGAAAUAGAAUAUGUUUACGAGCAACCAGAGAGCUAUACAAUCAACCGAGACGACGCCAACAAACAGACGCCGACAAAUAAACCGAAACAUGCCCAGGAAGGUGUUCCCAAAAAAAGUCUCAAGAAAAUGAAGCCCGAGAAAGUUAUAGAUGACGAACAGGAUUUAACUAACCUGACCUGGCUCCAGAACAUAACAAACAUAAUGGCGGUCCCGCAGUUUCCUAUAUCGCCGAUGUCCCCGACUCCGCCACUGAAGUCGCAGAACACGAGACUGCAAAAGUUCAAUCAGACUAUAGCUAAAUGCCAGAACGAUUUUAUGGAGAACAAAGAAGAAUACCAAAGGAACAGCGACAAGAAACCACCAUAUUCCUACAGCACCCUCAUCUGCAUGGCGAUGAGAUAUAACAACGACAAAAUGACGUUGUCCGCGAUAUAUUCUUGGAUCAGGGAGAACUUCAAGUACUACAGGAACGCGGAUCCCACAUGGCAGAAUUCAAUAAGACACAAUCUGUCCUUGAACAAAGUUUUCGUCAAAGUGGCCCGUUCGAAACACGAACCAGGGAAAGGUGGCUUCUGGAAACUCGACUUGGCUCACUUAGAGGGCAGCAAGCGCAUUUCCAACCGAGCUCACAAGAAGAAAACCAAAUCUAGUCCGGAUACAAGAGCUGAUAACACGAGUGAAGAAGGAAAGGCAGUCGAAAGAAUCCUUCAGGAUUCUAUAACUAAUGAAAUGUAUGAACCGAUAACAUUGAAUUUACCGGACUACAAUUUACAAAGCAUCGAAUCUCUUGAUAACAUCCAAUUAUCUAAUAAUAUAGGGGCUAACGUUAUUGUGGAGCCGGCUAUUCCGCCGCCAUUGUUACCUGAAGACGAUUUAACUAAUCUCUUACUUAAUCCGACAGAAUGGGAUGAUUUGCAACUUGACAUGUUGGAUAAUUAUUUGGAUUUCAGUUUUAAGUAAGCGCGAAAAUGCAUUGCGAGGAUUUCUUUUAUUAUUUAUAGACUGGAAUUUAAGACAAUCAUUAUUGAUGGGGUUCGAAGCAAGACUAAAUCAGCUAGCUACACAAAAAACCAUAAAUAUAUCUAUUUUUCUAUAUAUUUUUCGUUUAAAUGCUCCUCCUGUAAAUCUACGAAUUUGGAGAUAGCGUAGUGUUCAUUGGAGGCAUCGAAAUGAACAAUUCUAACAAAAACUAAGCCAUAAUGAUAGCAGUGAAAAAUGAUAGAGCCCCAUUAAAUAUCAGUUAUCAUGGUUUAAGACGAAAAAAAAAAAUUAUGUUAAUUAAAUUUUAAGUGGGUGAGUUUGUAAUUAGUUUGAUCGUUAAGUAGUAACAAACGAAGAUAUCACCGUCAACUUUAUUUGUUGUUUGUGGUUAUUCGUUUUUAAAUUUUAAUAGUGCUACUUUUUUUUAUUGUGAAUUUGCGGUCAUGCGAAUUCAUUAUUGUGGAACAAAGCAUGUUCUGAAUUAUGAACCAUUCUUUGAACUGUAGCCGAUUAAUAAAAUGUCAGUAACAUUUAUAUUAGGAAUCGCAUAGGAGACGCCUCGAAUCAGGACAAGUUCAUACUUAAAAGUACAUCAAAUUACAAAUUCAAGAUUCAGUUUUUAAGUUUUAGUAUACAUUUAGAAAUCAUAAUUCAAUUUUCGUCAAAAUCGAAAUGUAUGUAAGUAUUAUUUUUAAAGGCUAUUCAAAAACUACUAUUUUACAUUUAUUUUUCACACGUCAAAUAUUAAAAAAAAAGGAAAUUCAUUACUAUUUUUUAAAUACAUAUAUUAUACCUACAUAUAUCCAAGUAUUGUUAUAUUUAACAUUAUUAUUGUUCAGUCAAGGCAAUAUUAUUAUUACUUGUCGAAAUUCUUAUUUUUAAGUUAUUGUGACAUAAAAAAUUCUAGUCAAUUAUUAUGUAUGUUUUGACAUUUAUUUAGAAUUGCGAAUUAGUACAUAACACAUACCUAAGUAGGUAUUCUUUUUUAUUUAGUUACAAUUAUGAUUACUGACCAAAUAAAAUCGAAAGUUUUUUUUUUCUUAAGUAGAAAAGGCGUCGAGGAGUUCUUAAUUACGUAUAUUCGGUUGAGACGUAGAAUGUGACACACAAUGUGAUCAUCCUUUGGAAUAAGUCUUUGGUUGAAAAAAAAAAAUAUUUGAAUUCCUAAAAUCAGUAUUUCUAGUCAUUAUUAUAACGGCUUAAGCGAAAGAUUAGGCUAAAAUUAGGAUAAAGUUGUGUUUUCGUAAGGGAAUAUGGAUUUGUAUUUUGUAGGUUAAGAAAAUGCACAAUCCAAUAUGUAGUGAAUGCAUUUAAAUACCUAAGGUGUGGAGUAUUAGAUACUUCUAUAAGAUCACGUCUCAAAUUCAUAAAUUUUUUUGCUCAAAAAACAGCUCAUUCUGAACAAAUAAUACGAUUAUUUGGCAUUGAAACAGUAUUAAAAUCAUUGUUUCAAACUUUGCACAAAUUAAAAAAUAACAAAAUAUUUAUUUAGUGUUUAAGUUUAAAUGAUAAGAAGAAAAAACUAUGGAUUGUCACUUCAUAUUGUGAACCACUAUGAAGAAAGCGGGAUAAAAACCGACGUGAAACAACAUGUUCUCAAUAAUUUCAAGUAAAUAAAAAAAAAGAUGGAUUUUAUAGCAACAUUUAUGUCACCUUCAAAUGCAUCAUCAUGUUUAAAGUCGUCAUUACGAUCACAUUAGUAUGACUCGAAGCAAAAAAUGUUGUACCAAUAAGAUUUGUUGAAAUUAAAAUAAAAAAAUGGCGAUUUGCAAAAUUUCAAAGGUUAAAUUGAUGUUUUCGCGUCCGCUUCCAAAGUGACAACCUAGUUUGAAGGCUCUUAAAGGUGACAGCUCGUAAUAUUGAAUUUAAAAUUAGUUAAAACGGAUAAUCUUUACCGCUCAGUAUUAAACGUAGUUUGUAAAUAGUGUGGCAAUAAUUGCGUAUUUGAAAGAUAGUUUUAAUGUCUUUUGACUAAAUUACUUAAUAAUAUGUAUUUUUAUUUUAAGAUUGUCGUUAUCAGAUGAUCCGUCCUACAAAAUGAUUGCGUCCAUUUGCUCAUGUUAGUCGUGAGAUAAAAUUAGACUUAAACUUUGUUAAAAUGAUUUUCAAUGUUUAGAGACAAUUAAAAAUGUGCUUUAACCUAAUUAAAUCGUGCAAUUGUUUUUUUUUGUGAAAAUCUACUAUAUUAGGUACCUACCUAUUUAUCGAAUAACAAUAAUUAUUUUUAAUGUAUCUACGGAAGAAUUUGUCAACAUGUCUUAUUAAAAUUUAAUGAAAUUUAAAUAUAAAUUUCCACGUAUGGUUGUGUACGGCAUUAUUUGUUGUUGAUGGACGUAUUUGGUGCGCUAGUAUCUAUACUAAUAUAUAAAUCUACAGUGGUUUUUACGGAUGUUCCGUUAUAACUACUGAACCAUACAUCCGAUUGACUUGAAACUUGGUACCCAUGUAGAAAAUACAUGUACUUAACGGAUAGGCUAAUAUUUAAAUGAGUGUUGGACUUCCUACACCAGUUGCGGGGGCGUUCAUGAUGAGAAUCUUUGUGGGGGUGAGAAAUAAUAAUGUUAAUUUUAAAUGCCCAGCGAAGCGGACGGGUACAGCUAGUUCUGUUAUAAAAACUAAUUUUAUAACCCUGAGGGCUGGAUACCAGGUACCUAUAUGAUUGAUUUCCGCUCUAGGGUGUGGGUGGCAACAUCGAUCAAUAAAAUUUAAGUGAACCUUUUAAUAUUCAACUAAACCUGUUUUAAAUCUUAAAGACUCAAGUAAACCUAUAGCUUACAGAAUGUGUUAUUAUUGUGAAAAACGUGUCUAGUAAGUUUUUGCACGUUUAAUAUUCUUGUGAAGUAUUGGAAUUUUAUCAUUAGUAGGAAUUAGAUAUUUAAAUAGGAUUCUUCCGUCCACGAUUGUUAUCAUUUACAACACUUCAAUUUGUAACGAAAAAUGUUAUUUACAAAAAGUGAAUAUGUAAAUGAUUUAGGGUUGAACUAUUUUAUCAAUCUCGUAAAAUGAGGUUUUUCAUUUUGUGACUAGCAAGAACAAAGUAGGUUUAAUAAUUGGUAGGUACUACAAAUAUUAAAAUUUCUAUAAAGUUAAAAUCGGUAAACACAAUGUUAUUCCUUCACCGUGGAAGUCAAUCGUGAGUUCAUUCGUAGAGUACGUAUUUCAUUAGAAAUAUUGGCACCCGCCUGCCGGAUUCGAACACCGGUGCGUCGCUAAGCAUGUAUGCACCGGACGUCUUAUCCUUUAGGCCACGACGACUUCAAACUUUACAUUAAUCUGAAGCUCUUUUAAAAGAGCGUGCACAUUUCAUUCGACGUGGUAUCAAGUAAUGGUGGCCGACCUAGGGACAUAGGUUAGAUUACUGUCUCAAAUGUGUAAGUAGGAAGGAAUAAGCAGGAUGGUAGCGUAGGUAGAUUCUUGCGACAUUUGCCAACAAUCAAGAUUAUGAAUUACGGAGUAAGCAGAAAUGAGGAAACUGGAGAAGAUCGAAAGAAAUACGGGGAAUGGUAGGGAAGGGAUAGCAAGUCGAACAUUGCGGAGACGCAUACCAGUAUCUUAUGUUAAUAAAUCGGUCAGACUUAUUUUUAAGGUCGCCUGAGCCAAACUCACACCGCAUUGUCCGUAGGCUAGUUUAUAUUUUAUUUAUUUAUUAUUUUAGAACACAUUACAACUCUAAUAAUCGAGUUAUUCAACUCACUAGUAGUUGCAACUAAUUUAUGUUCGUUGCGAAUCUUUUACGAAUACAUUUCACCUAGUCAUUCUAAUCGUAUACCUGUGAAUGUGUCAUUCAAAAGAUGUAAAAUGAUUGUGAAAAUAAAAUAUUUGUAUGAAAAACUUGUAUUUUUUUUUAAACCCAUCGCUUAUACUAUAGAACUAUACAUGUGUGCUCAUCAUCAAAGCCGUCAUCAAAUAUGCAAAAAAUCAAAUCGUAGGUCAUGCGUGAUGAGAAUAGAAUGUAAUACAGUAGGUAAGUUUUUUAUAUUGUAUUGCUUAGAUGGGUGGACGAGCUCACCUAGUGUUAAGUGGUUACUAGAGCCCAUAGACAUCUACAACGUAAAUGCACCACCCACCUUGAGACAUAAGUUCUAAGGUCUCAGUAUAGUUACAACGGCUGCCCCACACUUCAAACCGAAACGCAUUACUGCUUCACGGCAGAAAUAGGCAGGGUGUUGGAACCUACCCGCGCGGACUCUCAAGAGGUCCUACCCCCACUAAGUACAGGUGUAUGUGAGAGGGUUUAAUUGGAACUCAGUGCUAAAGCACCGAGAAUUUCAAGAUUAUUUAAUUGCACAAAGUUCGAAAUUCAACUAUAUUCUCUGAUACUUCAAGCUUUAUAGUCAAUUUAUGUAUUACAAUUUUCAUUUUGGGUUAUUGUUGACAUUACGAAGAAAAAGCAUACUGUUUUUAAAGAUUUUUAAUGGUAGCGUUCAAUCUCGUUAUAGUCUUCGAAAAAAUGAAAACAAAACAAAAACAAUAUCGGCGGAAAAAACAGGAAAAUAUGGCACUUAAAUGUUAAUUUUAACUUAACAUAUUGAUUAAGUUUAAUUGAACAUAAUUAAUGUGUCGGCGAAUGAACGGCUUGUUUCGAUAAAAAAAAAAAAACUAAUAAACAUCAUCUUAAUUAUAUUUUUUUAUAACUUUUUAUUUUUUCUAUGCAUUAAUUAAUAUUUACAAAAAAUAAAAUAAAAAGUCACUUCAAACAUAUACGAAAAACAUACUCUAUGAACCAAUCGUAUACAUAACAAUAAUUUAAAACAUCUGUAAACAUUCUUUGUUGACUUUUUAAAUUUGUUUCGAAGAACAAGCUGGCCAUCAUUGCGACCGCUGCAUUUAUAUUGCCGCUUGGCAUUGUUGGCAGUACUGAGGCGUCGACAACGUGUAAUCUGUUAACACCGAUCACGUUGAACGAUGUGUCUACAACUGAGUUUUUUGAGGUCGGAGGACCCAUUGAGCAUGUUCCGAUCGGAUGAUAGGUACUUAGCGUUAAAUGUUUUAUGUAACAAUUAAAAUAUUCGUCUGUAAAUAAUACGUGAUCUUCACAACCGGGAAAUUUUAUAUCAUUUAAAGUGGCACCUAUUUUCUUCAUAGAUUCUGUAUUAACAAAUUCUUUUAUUAGUUUCAGGCCAUCAAUUAAGGUUCUUCUGUCGACAGUACUAGAUAAAUAUUUUGGAUCUAUUACAGGAGGUAAUCUGGGAUCAGUACUGUUGAUGUAAACAGUACCUUUACUCUUUGGAUGUAAGACUAUAGGCAAAAUAGUUGUUGCAUAUUUAUUGAUCCUAUUAAAAUAAUUAUUCCA